UUUCCGAUCGGACUGAGUUUUUGUGUGAGUCUGUUUGGCGCUUGCUGCUGUUAGCCACAGACCGUCGGUAUCAUUUUUGUUUGUUUAACGAUGCCUUCAGAAAAUCUACGAUGGGAAACUUUAGAGGCCUUAAAAAAUUCACCAAAAGGACAAGUGACCUUCGACCCCUACUGGUCAGAGAGAGGAGAGCAUAUUUUGGCUGGGUGUAAAGAGACCCCCAGCUUGUCCACCCACUCUGCGGUCAUAUUGGAGCGAAUCGACUCUCGGUCGCUGAACAAGUCGUCCUUCUUGGACUCCAGCUCCAUUGACUUUGAGGAGAAGCCUGCCUCUGUUUCCUCCUCGGAAUCCAAAGCAGAUCUCAACAGCAAGAUCAGCUCUCUUUCUUCAACUCCGUCUCUGAAAAAUCAACCAAAAGAUGUUCCCGAGUCGCUACCAAAGCUUAGCAUGCUCCCUGCGCUUAACGAUGAGACGAGAGGUGAAAGUCCAGAGGAAAGAGAGGAUGUCAGCGAAGUUCCCGCUCCUCCUUCCCCACCCGCCAUUUCCUUGCUGUCGCCCAGAGCCAUGGAGACGGCCGGCCACAUCAUCCGCUUCCAGAAGAAGCAGCAAGAGAAGGCCAAGGUGGCGCUCCAAGAGCGGCAAUCGUUGCAGGAGAAGCUGGUGGAGUCGGUGGCGAGCACCGAGUUGGAGCACCUGAAGCGCUUCGAGGAGCUGAGGGAGCUGAAGCAGAGGCAGGAGUUCCAGAGUAUUCGGGACAUGAUGGACAGAGAGACCAAAGAGCUCAUGGGGCGCCAGGAGAAGCUGAAGGAAGAGCAGCGGCACCGAAUAAAGAUCCUGAACCUUCGCGUGAGGGAGCUGGAGCAGCAGCGCCACCGUGAGGCGGAGCUGGAGAAGCAGAGGCAGGCGGAGGGCAGGGAGAGGCUGCGGAGCCUCAACAGCAUCCAGGAGGAGAUCCUGCAGCUCAACCAGCUGCUGGAGCCGUCCGCCCAGACCAACGCUCACCUUCCGGCGGCCAGCCUCGCCUCACACAGCCUCCGCGGCAACCAGCUGUGCUCCCAGGUGUCGGAGGUCGUGAGAAAGACUGCAGAGGGAGAGUUUCCCAGCGUGGAGGACAUGGCUGUGGCGGAGCGAGCGCUCUGCGAGAUGAGGUCGGUGAUCCGGCAGAUGGAGGAGGAGGCGGCCAGGGUUCAGGAGAAGAAGAAGAAGGAUCAGGAGCAGGAAGAAGAGCGCAGGAAGCAGGAGGUUCUGCAGGCGCAGCAGGAGGCGCAGAAGAAGGCGGAGCAGGCAGCCAAAGAGAAGGCGCAGAAAAAAGGGUUGCAGAACAACGCAGAAGAGAGCACCAUGAAGUGGUACAAGGAGCUGCAGAACUCGGCCGCUCAGUGCGCUCAGUCCUUCGAACAACUCAACUCUCCCAAAGACGCUCAGACGAAGAAGCUGAAGCUGGAGCUGCAGAAAGCCGCCACCAUCCCCGUCAGCCAGAUCUCCACCAACUCCGGGUCGCAGCUCCGGGAGAUCUUCGACAGGAUCGACAAGCUGCUGUCGGGACGGGCCGUGGUGUCCGGCGGGAAGUCCGUCUCCGCCUCCCAGCAUCCUCAGGGCCUGGAGUUCGUCGGCUACAAGCUGGCGGAGAAGUUUGUGAAACAAGGUGAGGAAGAGGUGGCGUCCCACCAUGAAGCCGCCUUCCCCAUCGGCGUGGUGGCCUCCGGCAUCUGGGAGCUGCACCCCCAGGUGGGAGACCUCAUCCUGGCUCACCUGCAUAAGAAGUGCCCAUAUUCGGUCCCACACUACCCCCCAAUGAAGGACGGCACGCCUGUGGAUGAAUACCAGAAGAUUCUGGGUUACCGUGUGGAUGACUGUGGGGUCGAAGGUCAGGACAGUUUUCUGAAGCGGAUGUCUGGGAUGAUCCGUCUCUACGCCGCUGUGAUCCAGCUGAGGUGGCCCUACGGCUCUAAGCAGGGGUCUGUUCCUCACGGGCUGAACCACGGCUGGCGCUGGCUGGCCCAGAUGCUCAACAUGGAGCCUCUGGCUGACAUCACAGCAACGCUGCUCUUCGACUUCCUGGAGGUUUGUGGCAACGCCUUGAUGAAGCAGUACCAGGGUCAGUUCUGGAAGCUCAUCCUGCUGCUGAAAGACGAGUAUUUCCCCAGGAUCGAAGCGGUGACCAGCAGUGGAGAAAUGGGCUCCGUCAUCAGGCUGAAGCAGUUCCUCGAGAUGUCACUGCAGAGCCGACAGAUCAGCCCGCCCAAAGGCCAGCUGAGCGCCACCUUCUGGAGAUCCUGAUGAACGACGUUCUCAUGGACUUUUAGUUUUUGAGUUUUAGAUUUGAGAAUCCUGGAUUUAUCUCAUAGAUGAACCUAAAAAAUGAGGAUUUCCCCGUGCCGUUUGCACCACCCUGCUGUUGAAUCGUGUCCCUGGAGACCGGAAAACGUCUGUAUCAUCGUUUUUUAGUUUUAAUUUUAUUUUCUCCAGACUCACUUCUAGGACACGAUGAAUUUGGACAUUUAAACACCAACACAGCCGUCCUGCAAACAGCUCGUCCAGUCUUAUGUGCACUGAUUUAUUUUUUUAUCUAUGUGCAGCAUCACAUCAAGAUUUAAAUCUCUUAUUAGUAUUUUUAUUGUUAACCUGAUGUUAGCUCUUGCCAUCAUUUCAGCCUCAUUAAUCACUGUUCAAAUCAAAUAAGUGUUUUUGUGAAAUUUGAACUUAUGUUAUGAAUCCACUGUGUGGAACUGAGAGAUGCUGUUUUAUUACAGAAAUACUUCUAUACUGGAAAAUGAAACAGAAAUCUGGCUUUUUGUAUUUCUGUAAGUGAAAAAGCUGAAGCCAAUUGUAUUUAUGUAUAAUUUGUCCUGAAUGUCUGAUUACAAAUCAGCGCCUGAACAAAUGUAAUCUACAGAAAUCAGAACCUGAGCCGCAGUUUUUCUGUUGAAAUACAUUUUUUCAGCUGCAAAUCUCAUUUUUUCCAUUGGGAGUUAAAAUGUAUGAGGGCAACACAUUAGGCAUCCUUGAUCUUGAAAGAAAAAAGUCAAAGAUUCUUUCUGCAUAUCUUAUUUAAAUGAAGCAUCUGUAAAUUUUGAUGGAAACAUCAAGAUGAAAUAAAAUCUCAAUGCUCAA